AUAAUAUUAUGCGAUUUUAAAUAGCCUGAAGAACUAAUGGCUUCUAAUUAAUCAAUCUUCAGAGCCUUUUUUUGAAGCUCUAGAUCACAAUAAAUGUAUAUUGGAGAGGUUUUAGGGAGGAAAUUAACCGAAUUAAUGGCCAAGUUAGUCAAAGGCAAUGAUUUGGGAACAACAUAUAGGAACACAUAUAGAGCUAUAGGACCAAGUUCUUGGAAGAGUCGAAAGCAUGCUAGCUAAUAAACGAAAGAGUAAAUGAAUUAAUUAAUUAUGAAUAAAUAAAUAAAUAUCCUCCAUUAUGACUUUCUCUUUUUUUCCAGUUCUUGAGGUCCAUUGUUGUUGACAUAUUUUAAUUUCUUUAUGUUAUCAAUCCAUCAAUUUUCCAUGCAGUUGGUUCCACUUAUGUCAUGUUAGCCCCUCACCAUCCGUAGGUGAGGCGUUUGCUGACGUCACGAAGGUUUUCUGAUGGCCACGCCCCGCUGUGUUACUGUGGAAACCAUUGAAAUUGGUGAGUGUAGUAAACCCUAUGGUCACCCAGUUAGCUUGCAAAGGUUAGCUGAAUUGCAAACCUAAAGAAGUGAGUUUUUUUUCCUUCUUCUUCUUCUUAUUUUUUUUGUGCUAACACGUCAUAAAAGUUUUCCACAAUGCGGAACUGGCUAAGCUUUACCACAGCGUUGUAAAAUCUCAGGAAAAACUGUGGCACUAAGACAUAUAUACUGAUUUAUAACAGCCACAAGCAAAUGGUUCCCCUGAAGUCAAACCAGACUGAAAUGGAGAUGGCAGCUGAGGGUGGAGAUGCUUCUCGUCUUCCAGAGAUCAGAAGACCCAAGGAAGAAGAAGCAUAUGACAGUGAGAGUGAGACAGACAUGGAUGAGGAAGGCAGAGGAGUACGAAUCCCUCUGCAUCGCUGGGUAAUGCACGGGGCAGUGAUGUUUGGACGUGAGUUUUGCUACGCCAUGGAAACCGCCCUGGUAACACCAGUUCUGCUGCAAAUAGGUCUUCCUGAAAAGUAUUACAGUUUAACCUGGUUUCUCAGUCCUAUCCUGGGUCUCCUCUUCACACCUCUGAUUGGCUCAGCCAGUGACCGCUGUAGUCUGCGAUGGGGCAGGAGAAGACCAUUCAUUCUGGGUCUUUGUGUAGGUGUACUGCUGGGAGUAGCACUGUUUUUAAAUGGUUCAUUAAUAGGCCUUUCCGUCGGCGACACUCCCAAUAAGCAUACUAUCGGCAUCGUUCUUACUGUGCUGGGCGUAGUGGUGCUGGACUUCUGCGCUGAUGCCUCAGAGGGACCAAUCAGAGCUUAUCUGCUGGAUGUUGCAGACACAAAUGAGCAAGAUAUGGCGCUGAACAUUCAUGCAUUCUCUGCUGGGCUUGGUGGAGCAGUAGGAUACAUGCUUGGAGGUCUAGACUGGACUGGCACAGCUCUGGGCCAAGCAUUUAAAUCACAGGAGCAGGUUCUCUUCAUGUUUGCAGCCAUCAUCUUUAUGAUCUCUGUCACACUGCACAUGUUCAGUAUCCCUGAGCAGCCCUUCAGUCCAUCAAACCAGGUUAAAGACACAGAAAAUGGGGACUCUACUGGCCAGGUAUCUUUGAAGCCAGCUGGCCGCACACUGGAUGUAAUUACAGAAGAGGAUGCUUCUGCUCAAGCUCGAUCUAGAGACGACCCUGAAUCAGAUCCUAAGGAAAGGGAAAUUGACUUUCUUGCUGUGGAGCGAGUGAGGAGUAAAAGUGAUUCAGUCUUAGCCAUGCCAGAUGCUACAAUUGAGUUAGAUGCAGACCUUGACCCAGACACACAAAAUUUCAUGUCAGAGACAAACUUUCAACCUGAAAUGCAAGGAGACCUUGAAGAUGUUUUCAAACUAUCAGAUUCCAGUGCUGAAGCCCCACCUUCUGUCGGACCACAACCCCCUCCUGAUGGGAUGGGUGACGUGACGCCUAUAAGUUCAGUUUUACCUGAACUUAAAGAUCCAGCAAAUGGUCAUUCAUCUUUCCAGCAGACCAGCUGGGGCUCAGAGGAUUCCCAGUUGAAACAGCAGGCCAAACCUGCCAAUGGUUCUGAGUUCCCCAGUGUCAUGAAAACCCAUGGCACCAAGCCGGGAAACCAUACAUCCAGUACACGGCCACGCCGACCCAUCUACUACAGACAACCCUCAUUUACUUUUUCAUAUUAUGGUCCAGUGGGAGCACAACGGCAUCGAGUGCGACGCACAGGACAUUUCAGCACUCAGCCAAUCACCACGUCCCAAAGUUUGAAUGAUUUAAGCAUCAUCCAGCGGCAUACAGACAGACGACGGUUACAGCUUUCAGCCAGCAGUCUGUCAUCUGAGGGCUCCAGCAGUGAGGGAGGAACAGACAAGGGUGGGAGUGUACGGCUGCUGUGGUUGUCCAUGUUGAAGAUGCCCAGUCAGCUCUGGAGAUUAUGCGUGUGUCACCUGCUCACAUGGUUCUCCAUUAUAGCUGAAGCUGUGUUUUAUACAGAUUUCAUGGGGCAGGUUAUUUUCCAAGGAGACCCCAAGGCACCAGCCAAUUCCACAGAGCUACAAAAUUAUCACAAAGGAGUACAGAUGGGCUGCUGGGGACUGGUGGUUUAUGCUGCUACUGCUGCUGUCUGCUCCGCCAUCCUUCAGAAGUAUCUAGAUCAUUUUGAUCUGAGCAUUAGGGUCAUUUACAUUCUUGGAACUCUGGGAUUCUCAGUCGGCACUGCAGUCAUGGCAAUCAUCCCUAAUGUUUAUGUUGCGAUGGUGAUGAUCAGUAGCAUGGGCAUCAUCUCCAUGAGUAUCUCCUACUGUCCCUAUGCAUUACUUGGCCAGUACCAUGAAAUCAAAGAGUACAUUAACCACAGCCCAGAAAACACUCGAAGAGGUUUUGGGAUUGAUUGCGCUAUUUUAACCUGCCAGGUUUACAUCAGCCAGAUUUUGGUUGCAUCAGCACUUGGAUCUGUGGUAGAGGCAGUUGGCAGUGUGCGUGUCAUUCCCAUUGUGGCCUCUGGGGGUUCUUUCCUUGGCUUUCUUGCAGCUUGUUUCCUUCUCAUUUAUCCUGAUUUGGAGCCCAGCAGCUCAGAGCAGGACGAGGAUUCGGUGGGUUUUCCUGGAGUAGAAGACCAGAAUGCAGAAAAUACCAGUGAGCAGACGCAGGCUCUGCUGAAACUCACAAACACAGAUACAGAAACGGAGAGUCUGAAUAAGGAGAACCACUCUUCUACCUGAGCAUGAGCAUACAAA